UAACUAUUGUUGGUACCAUUUCCUAAUUUGUGAUGUCAACACUGUAAUAUUUUUUUUAAUUCUUUCUUCCGGUUGCCAACACAAGGCAAGAUGCGUUCCGUCACAUUGAAGGAUGUUGAACAGGACAAGGUCGUCAAGACCGUCGCUGCCCAUCUGAAAAAGACGGGCAAGGUCAAGGUACCAGAACACAUGGACCUGGUGAAGACCGGUCGCUUCAAGGAACUGGCUCCCUACGACCCCGACUGGUUCUACGUUAGGUGUGCUGCCAUCCUCCGUCACAUCUACAUCCGUUCCCCAGUUGGAGUCAAGACUGUCACCAAGAUCUUCGGUGGUCGCAAACGCAAUGGAGUCACACCCUCACAUUUCUGCAGGUCAUCAGGCAGCAUCGCCCGCAAAGCCCUUCAAGCCCUUGAGGCCCUGAAGAUGGUUGAGAAGGUCCAAGAUGGUGGCCGCAUCCUCACUGUUCAGGGCAGGCGUGAUCUUGACAGAAUCGCCGCUCAAGUCCGCCUAAAGGCUAAGCAGGCCGCUAAGCAGCAAGUCAUCGUUCUUUUCAUUGAAAUAUUGAAUUCGCUCGGUUGUGUUUGGAGAUGCAGUGAUUACAAAAUGUUGUUGGCAUUUGGACGUGGUAUCGGCUUUACCGUUUUACUGUGCUUGUUAACGUGCGUUGUUUCUUUGCGUCAGUAUGGGACGCCGGGUAACACUUUAUACGUAACUGAAGAUGCGGACCAGAGCCGUGGCAAAUUGCAAGUUAUCAAUAGAUUCGCCGAGAAUGAAGACAGUUCCCGUUUGGAAAGGAGAAAACGUGAAGCGACAACGCUAUCAACUCCCACAGUACAGAAAAACAUAAGUACAUGGACUACACACCUCAAUGACAGUCACCAGCAGUUGAUGGUCCAUUGGGUUGGUGAGGGGUCUAAUGUCAUCAUCUGCCUGGCCAGAGACUCCAGUCCAAGGAACAAAGGAGUUUUGUCACCAUCAGCUCUCUUCAUUUCCUAUGACUAUGGCAAGAACUUUACCAAUAAGACAGAGGAGUUCAGAUUGGGCCCUGGACCUGACAGUGGAUAUGCACAGCUGGAUAAAUUCUUCAAUCACCCUAAAUAUCCAGAGUUUUGCGUAUUCGUUGACUCGACGAAUAAGAAGUUGUUCUACACGAGCGACAAUGGACGCAAUAUCCAUCGAUCUGAUCUGGUCUUCCAUCCCAGCGAGCUCUCUUUUGAUGAAGAGUUUCCUGACAAAUACGUCAUUUUGGACAAAGUCGACAUCAAUAGAAAACUGUACCUGACACUAGACGGCGGUAAGACAUUCAAGAUGAUCCAAAGCUACGUGAAGACCUUCUUCUGGUCUUCGGGGCCUGGUUUCCCGAAGAUAUUCUACAUGGAGCGAUGGAAGCCAGACGGCACGAGUACCGUGUUCAGUGCCAGCGACCCGACUGACCUGGUCAACGCUGAGGUGCUGUUCGAAGAAGCCAAAGAUUUCCAGAUCAAAGGAGACUACAUGUUCGCCACGAAGCAAUCCAAAGAUAGAAACACCCUACAUCUUUACAUUUCACACCAAAGAGGACCAUUCUACAAGGCCGAGUUCCAAACAGAGUUAGACCUGAAAAGGUUCCACAUCGCAGACGUUACUGACAAACGUAUAUUCGUCUCUGUCAUGCACACUGAUUCUCUGGCUAACCUGUAUGUGUCAGAGAUAAGCAACAAUUUCACACAGUACAACUUUGUAUUGAGCUUGGAGCAGAUAUUGUGCUACUUCCCUGAUGCUAAUUGGAAGGAUAGCUGGCUAGAGGACGUGACAGAAGACCCAUUUACGGAUUUGUACCGCGUUGAAGGGUUGAAAGGCAUUUACAUAGCGUCGAGGGUUGAUUCAAAGGCGCCCGUUUCAACACUUGGGCCGGAACAUCUGAUCUCGUUGAUAACUUUCGACCAUGGAGUCACGUGGUCACCUAUCAAUCCGCCCACUGAAGAUGAGAAUGGUAAACCAUUGAACUGUCAUAUCGGGAACUCAUGCAGUCUUCAUUUAUGUCAGAAGUUCAGUCAGCUGUACCCGGUUACAAGCCCACCAGGAAAUGUGGUUGCGAAUGGUGUGAGGUCAGCAAGUAUUAUGAGCUCGAAAUCGGCUCCAGGCAUCAUAAUGGCAACCGGCGUUGUUGGCAAAUCUCUCAAAGGCAUUCCCGGAGUGUACAUCAGUAGGGACGCCGGCCUCACGUGGAAGAGGAUACUCAAAGACUAUUACUUCUUCAACUACGGAGACCACGGCGGCGUCCUCGUAGCCGUCAAGUAUUUCAAAUCUCGCGGCGAAACCAGAAAGAUAUUAUAUUCCACAAACGAAGGCAUCGAAUGGAACUCUUAUCAGUUCAAUGCCGAUGACCUGCGGAUCUACGGGCUGAUGACCGAGCCUGGAGAGAAUACCACAACGUUUACUAUGUUUGGGUCGGCGAAUGAGCAGCAUCAGUGGAUUAUAAUCACGAUAGACCUGAGAAACACUUUUGCUCGUAACUGUGGUGACGAAGACUACAAGUACUGGUCGCCGUCGCCUCCCAACUCUUCAGUGUCUUGUGUACUCGGCACUAGGAAUACAUUCCAGCGACGCGUAGCCCAUACUAACUGUUACAAUGGAAUAGAUUACGACAGACCCUUCAAGAAAGAGACUUGCGAAUGUAGUCGCCGAGAUUUUGAAUGUGAUUUCGGAUUCAUGCUAGCCGGCAACGAAUGCAUUCAUAAUAAAUCAUCCAAAUAUGACCCCUACGCCAUUCCCGCUGAUUGCCAACCGGGACACUUCUACAAGCGCACUAAGGGUUAUAGGAAAAUUGACGGCGAUGUGUGCACGGUCUCCGGGUACUUAUCUUAUGUUCCAGAUAUGAUUCCUUGCCCUAUUGAAGAGCCAACUGAGUUCUUAUUGGUAGCUUUGGGCACUAAGAUCGCCCGCAUAGAUUUGUUCGAUAAUACCACAAUUUACCCCGUAGUAAAUGAAAGGAAUAUAGUAGCCAUCGAAUUUGACAUGAAGAACAACUGCAUAUAUUGGGCUGACAUAGAAUUAGACAAGAUCAGUCGUCAAUGCUUUAACAAUGGGACAGCUGAAGAAGUGAUUGUUGACAGAGACCUGGCAAGCAUAGAAGGUAUGGCGUUUGAUUGGAUUUCUAACGUUCUAUUCUUCGUUGAUGGAUUGAGGAGAAAGAUUGAAGCGGUCAGAACUGAUAUGACAGGAGAUAUCAGAAUGAGGGUCACGAUUCUAGACUCGACUGUUCUAUCGAGACCACGAGGUAUUGCAGUACAUCCUAAAGCAGGUUACCUGUUCUGGACCGACUGGGACAGGAACAAUCCCUCAGUAUCGAGGUCAAAUCUUGACGGUACGGACGUGAAGAAAUUGUUCGGUAAACCAAUCGUUAAGUGGCCUAAUGGGAUAACGAUCGAUCAAAUGGCCGAGAGAAUAUACUGGGUGGACGCCAUGGAGGAUUACAUCGCCAGCUCAGACUUAAACGGCAGAUACUUCAGGAGAAUCAUGUGGAAUGAUGGCAGAGUGACGCAUCCCUUCGCCGUCGCAGUAUUGAAAGACAAGAUGUAUUGGGACGAUUGGAAGGUUAAAUCGAUAUUUGUGGCCGACAAAGAUUCUGGAUCGAAUGUAAUGACGAUUAAUGACUCAUUCGUCGGUUUAAUGGACUUGAAAGUGUUCGCACAUUUUGUUCAGCACGGCAGUAAUGCGUGCUCGUAUAAGAAUACGAGUUGCGAUGCGAUAUGUUUGGGAGGGCCGGGCAAUACGUUCAGCUGCCUGUGUCCUGAUGGCUUGGUCAUGAAUCAUGGGAAAUGUAUGUGCAGUAACAACACCGAGCCGUACGCUAACAUGACCUGCCCGGAAACUGCAGUGUCUACUUGUGGACUGGACCAAUUCAUGUGCAAGAACGGUAAAUGCGUAUCAUCAUUUUCCCGAUGCGACGGCAACAACGACUGUGGUGAUACGUCCGAUGAGGUCGGCUGUAUGUGCGUACCUCCCAUGAUUAUGUGCGACAACUCGCGGUGCUACCUACCUCAUUGGAGAUGCGACGACGAUAUAGAUUGCGCUGACAAGAGCGACGAAAAAGAUUGUGGGCCCCGUAACUGCACAGAGAAUAAGUUCCAAUGCGACAACGGACAUUGUAUCGAGAAGCGAUGGGUUUGCGACGGAGACGACGAUUGUAGAGACGGAUCCGAUGAGAGGAAUUGCACGGUUCAAACAAAGCGUCCAGACAUUAUAGAAAGUUGUUCCGGCAACGGUUUCGCUUGCACCAACGAUAGUACUCACGACGCUCACCCUUGCAUCCCCAACUCCUGGGUCUGUGACGGGGAGAAAGAUUGUGACAACGGAGAAGAUGAGAGCGAGGAACAUUGUAAGGACUCCACUUGUGCGCCGACCAUGUUUAGGUGUCCCAGUGGCAAAUGUAUCUUCAAGUCUUGGGUAUGCGACGGCGAGAACGACUGUGGCGAUGAUCACCAUUCAGAUGAGAAAAAUUGCACCAACACCAAUCAUUCGAAAUUGCUCCCUAUUCCCGGCACAGAUAAGCCUAAUUUCCCUAGCAACGGGGCCUGUUUGGAUUGGAUGUUCAAAUGUGACAAUGGCCAGUGUUUGCCCGACUGGUGGAGAUGCGACGGCGUCAACGAUUGCGGAGAAGACGACCGGUCCGAUGAGAUCGGGUGUGGAAUGCCCGAACUCAGACCGGUCACGCCCGAACAUCAUACGCCUAUUACCAGAAAGUGUGGGAAGAACGAUUUCACUUGUGCCCCUGGUCUUUGCAUACCACUGCAAUGGGCCUGCGACGGCGCAGUAGACUGCCUGGACGGGUCUGACGAGCGGGACUGCCCGGCUCGCGGCGCCAUCCCCCCGCGCUGCGGGCUGGUGGAGACGCCGUGCCGCGACGGCAGCGCCUGCGUGCGUACCGAACAGAUCUGCGACGGACACUUCGACUGCGAGGACAAGAGCGAUGAGAUGAACUGUCCUGGGACCUCGAGUCACAAACCAACAGUCGAAUGUCCUCGAAGCUACCUCAUGUGUGACGAUGGUACGAACUGCGUAUCACUGUUAGGCGUCUGCAAUGGCCGACAAGACUGUUACGAUGGUACUGAUGAGCUCAACUGCACCAACGCGGCUACUGAAAACACCCACAUGUAUCAAGUGAGUCGAUUCCUAAGCAUCGGCGUAGACCAGUCUUCGAUAAACUCGACGAGUUUCCUCAUAUCAUGCUGGAUGGCUCAACAGAAGACGGUACUCUAUAGCUUCUUGCCGUCCAUAGCUAAAGUCAGCGAUGGAGUCUGGUCCAACAAGACUUGGACUAACGACAGUAUUUAUAGGUUUACGGAUUUGGAGCCAUACACGAAUUACAACGUUACCUUCUACAUAAGAGACAGCAAGUCGAAUAAAACUUAUCCCUCUUUGAAAUAUGUUAACACUACCACUGGGGAAGGAGAACCGUCCCCACCCAUUCGUCUAAGUGUGAGACAGCUAAUCGGUCGCCGCAUCAACAUAGUGUGGGACCGUCCGGAACAACCGCGCGGAAACAUUCGCUACUACACUCUGUACUACGCCCCACCACUCCCCCCAGUCGACAAGAUCAUACCGGCCAACGGUAAUAAGACCUUGUCCGUCGAUGUCACUGGAUUCUUCGAACCCUUCAAUAACUAUUCCUUCUGGGUGACAGCUUCAAACGGCGCUUUCACAUCGAAAUCAUCUCAAGUCAUGAACAUAACGUUUGACCCGGCUAACGAUGUGGAUGACCUAGUGAAUGCCAGUAUGACGACACUGAAUGCCAGCGCGGUCAGGCUCGAGUGGCAUCAGAUACGCAAUGUCGAUGGGUACAUCGUGAGGAUGAGAUUGCCCCCCGAAUAUGCUAUUCGCGAACCUGUUACUACUAAAGCUACUAAUAUUACGCUUACCAACCUACCCCCUGGCGUAUUAACAUACAUCGACAUAAAGGCUUACAAGAACAACGUAUUUGGCGAUCCAUUCACCAUCCCGUUACGAACGGCGGGAACCAAAGACGAGACGCUUAACUUUACCGCCAUUUUGUCCAAAGAGAAGAAAACGUCUGUACAAGUUGUAUGGGGACCGCCCGCUGGUGAUCGGUACAAAAAUAAGGAGUUAGAAUACGAAGUGCAUUACACUAAUAUGAUACAUAGAACUAAUCCUGGGGAAAUGUCGAAUGACACCCGCAUUAUAACAAAGAACACGAGUGUGCUAAUAGAAGGCUUGCACGCGUGUGAGAGCUACGUGUUCACCGUGGGGCUGCGAGGCGGACCGCUCGCCAAGUUCGUCGAGAUCAUUACCAGGGAGAAUGAUAAGGCUCCAGUGAAGAACUUGCGCGUUGAAUAUGACGAGGACAAAGCUGAAAUGAAGAUCCUAUGGGACGCCAACUGCAACGCUCUGAGUAAAGCAGCCACGUAUUUGCUCGACAUAACCGAACUGACGAAUAACAAGGAGAGCCACUACGAAUUGGUGCCGUCGAAGUCGUCAAGCUAUUCACACGUCAUUGUCAAUGUACCCGUCGGUGGACGAUACAAUAUUUGUGUCCAUGUGAAUGUAGAAGACGCAGCGCUGCAGUGUACCCAGGUGCGAGGUCAGCGCCUGCAGCCGCCCAGCGGCGUGCUGGCGUGGCUGUCGCCCAACGGACACGUCAUGGUCAGCUGGGACGCCGGGGCACCGCACAAGAACGAAUACGAAGUGAUAGUCUCUGAGAAGGAGAUCCCAGAAGACUUGCUUCACCCCACUGAAGAUAUGCGCACGAUGAAGGCGGAGAUGUCACCCUGCCUCAUGGCGUCGCCCGAGGGGGUGACGGGGCCGCUGUACGUCGGCGUCAGGACUGUCACCCCGGAGGGGUACUACAGCGAUCUUAGUGAAGUGCAUACUUUGACUAUGGAAGCGUCGGAGCUGGAGGGUCCGUCCCCGCUGCGCGCGAUGUGGUGGGGCUGGGGCGGAGCCCUGCUAGCGUGUGCAGUGCUGGGCGGAGCCCUGCUGCACGUGCUGCUGCGGCACCGGCGCCUGGCGCGCUCGUUCCUGCGCUUCACGGCGCACACGCCGCGCUACGACAGCCGCCGCGGACAGGCCAUUAUUGGCGACCACGAUGACGACGACGUGCCUCCGAUCCACGGGUUCUCAGACGACGAGCCGCUCGUGAUCGCGUGAGCUCCCAACUUGUGAUGUAACCGUGAUCUUGUCUAAAACAUAGUAUUUAUUUUUUCAUAAAAAAAAACUCACAUCUUAAGACAAAUUGUAGUCUGCUUGUGGUUGUAAAAUUGAAUUAGUUACAAUAGUCGAAUUUAUUUUAUUAUCGUUAUAUUACAACUGCAGUGCAUAGAAACAUCGAUCUAACACAUCGAUAUGUAUAUUUUUAAUUUUUUUACUUCAUAACGCCCCGAGUAUUAUUAUGUUAUUCAGAAGCAAUUUAUAUUAUUUUAGUUUUAAAGUAGCUGCGAACAUUCCUUGAACACUAUUUUAGCCGAAUUAGUGUCAAUGACAAAGUGUGGCGGAAUGUCCGCAGCGUAACCGACGGGCUGUAAAUGGUAAGACUUGUUAAAUUAUGUUUAUAAUCUACGUAAAGACAUAAGUUAUAAGUUUCCGGAGAUACGGAAUCGUAGGCGACAUGAACAAUUCUCAUUUCAUAUAAUCGGCACCAAAGAAUAGAAGUACAACAUAAAGAGAUAUUAACAUCUAUGCUGAACUGUUGUUACAUUAUCGUGGAUCUCGACAUUCCCAAUGUGUUUGUGUAAUGUUUUUUACUUUAGUUCCUAUACAAGUUUAGUGCCGCGUCAUCUUAUUGACCAGUCUUGUGAAAUUGUUAAGUUAUCGUUAUAUGGCUGGGCUCAUGUAUUAUGUAAACUGUGAACAUUUAAAGAUAAUAAAUGUUUAAAAGUC